AUGGACCCUGUUCCAGACCCCGCUGGAAACGACUCAAGUCGACCAAACAUUCGUCUAAAUUACCUAGAUACAAUAUUAUUGACAGGGCCUGAUGGAGUUCCAAUCACAAGCCUAGAUCCUGAUGCAAUUGGAUUUAUACAACUUGACGGUUUUCCUCCUUUACCUCGAGCGACCUACGAAGGAGACGGAUUUGGCAGCCCUGGCGUAAGGAACGCUCGUAUAGCCAUGGACUGUGAAGGUUUAGUUUUGAAUGCGGACGGUUCCUUCUGGAUCUCCGAUGAGUAUGGUCCAUAUAUAUACAAGUUCUCUGAGCAGGGCAAGAUGAUCCACGCUGUUCAGCCUCCUCCAGCGUUCCUACCCCUUCGAAAUGGUACAGUAAGUUUCAGUGGGGCUGAGCCACCAAUGUUUCAACGGGAUCGGGUCCCCAUUCCGUUAAACCCAACAGCUGGUAGAGCAAAUAAUCAGGGUUUUGAGGGACUGACAGCCUCUCCUGAUGGAAAAACCAUAUACGCGAUGAUGCAGUCUGCCAUGAAUCAAGAAGGUGGGCCGAAGAAAAGGUUUCGACGGCAGGCACGUCUCCUUGAAUAUGACAUUUCUGGGCAUCACCCAGCUCUAUCACAUGAGCACGUUGUAACCCUACCACUCUACGACACUGGGGACAAAUUGGAAGCCACAUCUCAAUCUGAAAUCCAUCAGCUUUCUAACGGGCACUUCUUGGUUUUGGCAAGGGAUUCGGGGUUCGGGCGUGGUGAGGAAGAGACAGAGUCCAAAUACCGUCACGUUGACAUUAUGUCAAUUGAUCAAGCCACAGACAUUGCUGGCGGAGAGUAUGAUUGCAUCAAUGGCUCAAUUGCAAGCGACAAGGGUGUUCUGGAUCAUAAUCUUACAAAUGCGACGUACUGUCCAUUCCUGGACUUCAACAUAGAGUCAGAGCUCAGGAAAUUCGGGCUUCACAACGGCGGGCAACAAGAUGAUCAUCUCUUGAAUGAAAAAUGGGAGAGUCUUUCAUUGGUGCCCAUUGACCAAGUGGAUUCCAACAGGAAUCCAGAAUACUUCCUUUUCAGUUUCAGCGACAACGAUUUUAAAACGCAAGACGGUUUCCAAAAUUUUGGCCAGUUCCGCUUUUCUGACAAGUCUGGUUACAACAUUGACACUCAGAUCUUGGUGUUCCGUAUUAGCUACGGUCAAGUUCGCGUCGCUGGAGGGCAUUCGGAGUUAUAA